ACAUUCUUUGCCAACACCACCCAGGCAGUCCCUGGAGAUAUUGCGGACUGGGUUCCAGGCCACUGCAAUAAAGUAUAUGUGAUAAUAAAGCAUGUGGGCACACUCCCUGACGGCACAGGAUUACCAGGAUCUCAUAGACCGAGGAUGGCGAAGAAGUGGGAAAUACGUGUACAAACCAGUCAUGAAUCAAACAUGUUGUCCGCAGUACACAAUAAGGUGCCGCCCGUUGCAGUUUCAGCCAUCAAAAUCCCACAAGAAAGUCUUGAAAAAAAUGUUGAAGUUUCUGACCAAAGGGGAGAUCGCCAAAGGAAAUUGUGAGGAUGCGCCCAUGGAUUCCCUGGUGGAGGAUGCUGUCGCGGGUGACUUUGCAUUGAUAAAUAAACUGGAUAUACAGUGUGACCUCACCACCCUCAGCGAUGACCUCAAGCAGAGCUUAGCGAGCGCAGAGAAGACGAAAGGAAGAGGACCGCAGAAAGAAGAACCCGAGGAGUUUGCUCCGGCCCCCCAGAGAGAGGAGAAGCUUUGGUCCGGCGAGCCAUCGCAGCUCAUGAAAGUUCUCACGGUGCCCAAGCCAGGGAAAGGGGCUGAUUUGAGUAAGCCUCCGUGUCGAAAAGCAAAGGAAAUUCGCAAAGAAAGGAAAAGGCUAAAGCUCGUGCAGCAGAGCCCAACUGGGCCACUGCGGGGGCCCCAGGGCCAAGGACAAGCGCCAUCGUUGGGCCCACCAAAGGCUAAGUGCAACCAGCCCAAGUCACUGGAAGAUUUAAUGUUUGACUCUUUACCAGAGGACGCAGCACACAAGUUGGAGGUGAGGGUGGUGAGGUCAUCUCCGCCAAGUGCUCAGUUCAAAGCCACAUUUCAGGAGUCUUACCAGAUCUAUAAACGCUACCAGAUGAUUGUUCACAAGGACCCAUCUGACAAACCGACCAUGAGCCAGUUCACAAGAUUCCUGUGCAGCUCACCUUUGGAGGUUGAGAAGCCCCCAGACGGACCUGAGUGUGGCUACGGCUCCUUCCACCAGCAGUACUGGCUUGACGGGAAGAUCAUUGCCGUGGGGGUGAUUGACAUCCUCCCGUCCUGCGUGUCGUCCGUGUACCUGUACUACGACCCCGAUUACUCCUUUCUGUCUCUGGGUGUCUACUCUGCACUGAGGGUCAGUACAGACCUUCUGACUUGUUGUGUCCGGAGACGUAUGCCUGGGUGCCCAUUGGGCAGUGCCUGCCCUCGCUGGACAACUCCAAGUACUGCCGUCUCAACCCGGACCCCGCAGCGGUGGAUGAAGACCGCAGCCAGGAGCCCGGGCGGGUGCAGGUGUUCCACAAGAAAGCCAUCAUGCCUUACAGCGUGUACAAGCAGCAGCAGAAGGACCCCAGCGAGGACGCGGUGGUCCUGCAGUACGCCAGCCUGGUGGGCCAGAGCUGCGCCGAGAGGAUGCUGCUGUUCAGAAACUGACGCACUUCACUGCCUCCGCCGCCGCCACCCUCUCCACCCCGAAGUGGCACUUCCAGGGCCUCUUGUUUGGCAUGUCCAGGGAGCUCCUGCCUGGUACUUCUGGCCAAUGUCUUGGGCAUGGCUGUGAUCUCGGGGACACCCCCAAACCAGGACAUUUCCUUCCCGCUGUUAGACGGCUUUCCUGAAGUUCUCGGUGGCAGCCAUGUGUCUGAGAGACUCCCAUGAUGCAAGUAAAGGCUUGUACACUGUGGAGCCGAACCUCAUACAUGGGGUUUGGCAUUUUUUUGGCCGGGGGAUGUCUUGCUAAAUUUCCUUUGUUGUUGUUAUCUGGAACAAGGGAGAUGAUCUAAGUCAUUUAACUCGCCACUGCGUUGGGGUUCCCCCACCCCCACCCCAGCCCAAUCAGAAGUCCAGACAAACUCCUCAGACCCAUUUGUGACGUUAGUUCCUAUUGGAACACCCUGAAGAAGGUUGAAAAACUGUUUUAUUGCAUAGAAAACCUAAGACUGCAAACCUGUGUACUAAACAUUGGUUAGUAUACAUUGUAGCCUAAGAGGGAACUUGCAAAGAACGUGUGGGGCUCCCGAUACAAACCAAAUCAAAAAGGACGCGUUCUUGUCUCCACAUCAGGUAUCUGUGUGCCCAGGGCAGCUCUCCUGUCUGUGUCUUAGCGUGGGUUUCCUCCCAGAAAAUUGUGACUCGUGUUCCUUUUCCAGUCUCAGAAGGGUCCUGUGUGGACAAUAAAAUGUUAAGUGUUGUACAACUUGCUGUAUUUCAAAGAAUCUUAAAAAAAAUUAGGUGUUUUUUUAAGGUGGCCUCUCCCUUGAUCUGUGCCUAUAAAAUGUAAAUACAGGGGGAUUUGAAAAGUAUAUGGGGAAAAUGGAAUGAGAAUGAAAAUAUCUCCAGAUACUUUGAAGCCCCCUUGUAUGCACAAAUGUUCUAUUCUUUGACUCUGGAUACUUGUCUUUGGUUAUUGACGAAGACGAGUUAUUACCCGACUGCGACUCCUUCUGCAGCAAUGCCAAGCAUCACUUCAUUAAGGGUCAGGGUCCUUUUGACCUCUGUGUUCCCAUGGCGCGGUGGUCCAUGUGCUCAGCGGCUAGCAGAGAGACUCCACCGUGACACCCAAUCCCCAGUGCCUCCACGGGAGGAAGAUGUGGGAGUCCACUUCUGGGAAGAUGACAGGCCGGGAAACCUGCCCUGGAGGGUUGCUGUGCUUGGUUUUGAGCGGAAAAAAUGAAAGUCUGCUCCUGGUGGGCCAACGAGGAGACACUGCUCUGAGUGCCAGGAGCAGAGAGGGCCUUUAUUUUGGUCAGGCCUCCGCCCAUCCCCCAUGGUCACAGUGGCAGGCACUGUGCUAGGUGCCAAGAUGAGCCGGAGCUGGGCCUGUAGGAGUGCCCAGCCCAGGAGGAGGCCCAGCUCACCACCUGCUGAACACGAGGGACUUUGUUUCUCGGGUUCCCUUUUUCAGCAGCUCCCCAACUUGUGCUGCAUGGCCAUCGAGUCCCUAGCAAACCCCGUUUGGGGCCCCUUUUUUCUAUCAACUGGUCUUUUAAAAAGCUGGGCUUUUUAAAAGGCUUAGUGUUAGCAGUUUGAAUCCCACUAUUGUAGCCAGUUGAAUAAACGAUUCAACUUUGCCCACAACUCAUUGACUUUAGGUCAGCACUAAAGAAUCACCUUCAGCUUGUCAGCUUCUAAGAACAAAAACAGCAAAAGAAAUGCCCAGUAUUUGACAUCCACAUACCAGAGACUUAGGGCUCCGAGUGUGUGGUUGUCCCAUCUGCCACGUGUCCUGUGGUGGCUAGCAGCAGAUAAUCCGCUAGCAAAAGCCUUUCCUUGGAUUUCCCAUUCUUCUGAAACGUCCUUCGGAAUCAUCUGGAGACCACGCAGAAGACUCGUGUUUGGAAGUUCCUCGAGGGCUUAUGGGGCAUUCUUCUUUGCCUCAUAGAGUGGAAUUUAUCCGAAACCCUGUGCCAUCCAGAGAAAGGAUCGAUGCCCACAAGUGAUUUUAAUACAGGAAUGAUGCUCCGCACGGAUUUGGGCUUCGUCAGCAUAAAGUUACGGACCUACCUGAGAGAUGUAAGAAUGUAUUUUGAGGGUGCUCAGCCUUGUUCAUAGAAGUAGGGCGUGGCCAGUCACGGGCAUGUUUCACACAAGGCUGUCCGGUUUGGUGAUGCCAUCAGCCUCCUUGCAUCCAGCUAAGGGUCUCACCUCCCGAGGGUCAGAGGGAGAGGGAAAGCUGGUGUCCUGCCACAGCUCCAUGGGGGCUCCCUCUGGAGGAAGGGGCUCCCGCCCCGUCCGGGAACCUGCGUGCUGCCCAGGGAGGUGGCCUGUUGGUCCAGGACUCUCCAGGAUGAGUUGGGCAUGACACUUGGUUGCUACUGUGCUUUUGGCUUGUUGAGAAUAGUUAGCGUCGGUCCGAUGAUCAGAUGAUGUUUUGUCCCUUGGAGCCCUGACCACGUGAAUGUUGAUAAUGGGCUGUAAGAGGCCUGUCCAGAGAAGGGACCGCACUUUGUCAGUUGACAAGUACUCUCCAGCAGAGAACCGAGCUGAGGUUCAUGGCUCUCGUCUAAUGAAGUGGUGGUCCGGUCUGUCAAGAAAAGUCACGCUGCCAUUUCAAGGCAGGUAACUGCCUGCCACCUCUGCAGCAUGCCCCCUUUGAUUGGAAAUAAAUUUCCCAGCCCCCUCCCCGCCUCAGGCACAUGGAUAUAACAGACAUGCAGCCCCUGCUGCCAUCUUCAUUUAAAGAUCUUUAUUUCAGGUCGCUGACUGCAAGUUUUCUCAGAUGGUCACAUCUUACUUUUCAAAUGUAACCUGAGCACUUUUUGUUUGUUUGCUUGCGUACCUUCUAAGAGAUAGAGGCUGUUCUCAGAUUGUUGUUUAACUGACUGGUUUAAGAUUAUUUAGAUAAGAAGUUAUUACUGUAUGUGUGUUUUCAAAAUUGACUAUUUUUUUAAUCCAUCUUGCAAAUAUCGGCUGUGUGUGGCGGUUUCUUAACAUGUCAGAUUAUCACGUAAAUAAACUUUCAGAGUUCCGAA